AUGGACGGUUCAAAUCUCACUUCAGAUGGACAAAAGGAACUUUAGACCUUCCUGAAUUUCUUCAAUCUCAAAAAAUAAGAAGCCAUGAGAGAAAUAGAAUUAGAAUUCAAGGAUUUCUCCAAAUUCUAAGUGCAAGACACCUUAUACAAUAAGGAUGAUGUCUAAGAACUUUUUAAGAAAUUGGAGGGCAGUUUGGAAGUGCUGAUGAAUAAAGAAGUGUCUAAAAUAAUUUAUAUGUGCGGUGUCUAUGUCAAAAUAUUUUUAUCAGUGUGUUCUGAUCAAGAUUUUCAUGCAGAUUUCAAUUUCAUAGAAAAUGUUAAAAUUAUAGAGUAGAUGAAAAUACUUGAAAAAGGAGGUACCAUUGUUGAGGAUAAGCCACUCUAGUCGAAAGUUAGAUAUUCGAGAUUGCCAACACUCGACACUGCUCUAUAAAAAUAGAUGGAGGAGACGGUUAAAGAGAAUGAUUUCUUAAAAUAGUACAAUCAAAAACUAUAGAAUGAAUUGGUCGUGCUAAAAAAGGAGUAGGUUUAAGAUGCUGAUCAAGUAGGUUCAUUUCAAGAUUAGAUAAAUUAAUUAAAAUAAGAGAAUUAGCAAUUGAAAUAAGAGAUGGAGAAGAAAUUAAAUGAUUGUGUACAAUUCAAAACUCUGAAAUAGAUGAUCUAAGAGAAGAAUCAACAAAUUAAAGAAUUACAAAUGAAGUUAUAAUGA